AUGCCCCCCUUCACAGACACCACCCUCUUCCCAGCCUUCUACGAGCUGCCCACGCCAGCCGCCAGCGACAUCGCCGCCGCUCCUAAUUCCCCCGACGACACCACAUCAUGGUACCUACUAGCGCAGAUAAAGGAGAACAUGACGCUCACGAAGCCGACGCUGAUCUGCACGGACCGGCGGGGCAUGGACUUCGCCAUCACGUUUGAGGACACGGCGAUGAGCCUGCGGGGCUUUAAGAAGGGGCACAUGCUGGUGGUGCGGCGGGCGGCGCGCACGGAGCGCGGGGAGGGGAAGAAGGCUGUUGUGAGGGUGGAGGCCGGGCGGAGCGGGGAUGCAUAUGUGAUACCUGGUGGUCUGGAGCAGGUUUUCGAGCUGGGCUUCUUGUUGGAUAGGGAGGGCGUGGGCGAGAAGUGUGCGGCGUGUGAGAAGAUGGAGGGCCCUUUGAUGAAGUGCACCGGGUGCGGGAUCGCUGCUUACUGCAGCAAGGCUUGUCAAGCGAAGGGGUGGAGCGAGAUGCUUCACAAGUCGAAUUGCAAGGUGUUGAAGUCGAUCAAGGAGAUAUGGGGUUGA